AUGUGGGGACGCUCGAGGGGCCUAGCCCCCUCGAAGAGAAAGGGCCGGUUAGACGCCAAAUGCCGGAAGACACUGUUUGUGGGAAAUCUUCGGUUCAGUUGUUCUAUGAAAGACAUAUUCAAAAUCUUUCAAAGGUAUGGGAGGAUUUCAGAGGUCUAUCUUCCCCAUUUCCCUGGUACUAGUAAAUCCAGGGCGUAUACUUUUGUCCGGUAUAUGUACGAAGAUGUUGCGCGGGCCGCAAAGGGGGCAUUGGACAGGCAGAAGAUUGAUGGGAGGGAGGUUGCAGUGAAGGAAGCCAGGCCAAAACCCCAAACACGCCCAGCAACAGCUAAUAUUUCUUUCCAGGGCUCUCUUCAGAAAGGCAUAGAGGAAAAUCAGGGGAGCCUCCCUAUCAGGGGUGCUAAGCCCUACCAAAGGGGUUGGGAAAAACCUCCCGCCAGUUUCGAUAAAGCCCAUCAGAGCUCCAGGCAGGCGACGACAGACCCGGGCAAUGGCCAGGGUUCCAGAUUCAAGGCUUCAGCCAUUGACGUCGCAAGGAUUUCCGACUGUCAUUUCCUCAUCGUCUUUAAAUCUAAAGCGGAACACACAGAUUUCGUCGUUGACGCCCCCUUCUGGGAGCUAUCUGUUUUAACAGGAGGAUUUUUAGCUGGUUGUGGCAGUGGCCUGGCAAACAAUUUUCAGAAGAAGGGAGGUGAGCCUUACUCAGAAUCAGAGGUUUGGAAGGAUAAACGCAAGAGGGCACAGAUGAGGGCUAUUUUUUCAGGAAAUAUUUCUGAUGGAUAG